AUGUAUGAUCCAGCUGGACCUGGUCCGACUUAUGACAACUUUCAGUCGGAAGUUCUCAUUCUAGCACAGAGACGCAUUAGUAGUGAUUGUACACAAAUUUGUUCCAUAUCAUUUGAUGAUAUUAAAGUGCUGGAAGACUUGCGUGAGCUAAAUAGGGAGCACGAAAAAUAUGCAGUUUUUGUGGAGUACAACCGAAUGAUCCUCCCACAAUUUCAGGAAUUAAAGAGUUUAAUGAAAUUAUGGUAA